CUAUAUGUCGUUAAAGAUGGAGCAUUCCAUCAAGCUACCACCAAACUUUGAUUUGCGAGCUGCAAAUGCGGCAACAGAAUGGCGGCUAUGGCGUCUCUGUUUUGAAGACUACUUGGUGGGUUCAGGGCAAGAUAAUGCCGCGGAUAAGGUAAAAUUAGCCCUAUUGAGAAAUAUGCUAGGAAUGGAAGCUGCCAGAAUAGUCACCACGUCGCUACAGCUUUCCGAGAGUGAAAAAGAUAAUUACGAUUCGGUCAUGAACGCAAUAACAAAAUAUGUCAGCCCGCGAGUAAAUGAAGUUUUCGAACGAUUCAAGUUUAACAAUAGGAAACAACUAGAAGGAGAAAGUUUUGAUAAUUUCUUUACGGAAUGUAAACAAUUAAUUUUGACAUGUAACUAUAAACAAAACAAGGAUUCAAUAGAAGAUCAAUUGUUGAGGGACAAAAUUGUACAAGGAGUAUUAGACAAAACAGUACAAGAAUCUUUACUGAAACUAGAUAACCUUACACUUGAAAAGGCAGCCAACUAUUGUCGCACUUCAGAAAUGAGUAAACAACAGGUGCAGGAGAUGAACCCGACAAUAGAAAUUGAUGUGGUCAAAAAAUCUAAAUCCCAUCAGGCACAGAAAAAACACGUAUUUCAAUGUAGGAGAUGCCAAACUCAACAUGGGCUGCGAGAAUGUCCUGCCUAUGGGAAAAAAUGCACCAGAUGUGGAAAAUUGAAUCACCUUGCAGUCAGCUGUAAAGUCAAGAAAAUUAAUUUAACUCAAGAAGAUUCAGAGGAGUCAGAUGACACUUUAUUUUGUGGUGCAGUUACUAGUAAAGGGAAAAACAAAUGGAUGGACUUUAUUGACAUCGAAGGAAAGAGCAUAUAUGGUAAAAUUGAUACCGGGGCAGAAGUAAGUAUCAUGCCAACAAAAAUCUUCAAGCAACUUCAAUCUAUUGAGGCGCUCAGACCAUCAAAGACCUUGGAAGCAUUUGAUGGUACAAAAGUCAAAGCCAUUGGAAAGGUCCGUCUCCAUUGCAAGUACAGGGAACGAGAGUGUUAUGAGGACUUCAGAGUUGUAGAUUGCAAGUCAAUGAUAUUAGGAGUGCCAGGUUGUGAAGCUUUAAAACUAGUUAAGCGAAUUUACAGUGUUGAUGAAGCUGGAGAUGGGACUCUAAAAGAGGACUUCAUAAAAGAAAAUAUAGAUGUUUUCCAAGGUCAUGGACCAAAUUGAAGGCUACUUUGGAGAUAUACCAAAUGUUAUAACUUGGUUUGAUGAUAUUUUAAUAAUGGGUGAGACAGAGGAAAUUCAUAAUGAAGCUGUGAGUAAAGUUUUGGCCAAGGCCAGGGAAAUUAGAGCCGUCUUCAACAAAGAUAAACUACAGUAUAAACAAUCUGAGGUCAAGUAUGUAGGCCAAAUAUUUAAUGGAACGGGUAUGAGUGUGGAUAAAGCAAGAGUUGAGUCACUAAUUAAAUUAAAAGAACCAACAAAUAAAGAUCAAUUACAACAAAUGAUUGGUUCUUUCAACUAUGUUAGACGCUAUGUUCCUGAAAUGGCUGAAUUAUUAGCACCAUUAUGCAAAUUACUUCGAAAAGAUAUUGAAUUUCAGUGGUUACCAUUGCAUGCCAGAGUUUUUAAAGAACUAAAAAAUAAAAUAUCUCAAGCUCCUGCUUUAUGUCCAUUCAACCCACAUAAACAAAUAAUUUUGCAAUGUGACGCUUCUCAAAAUGGGGUUGGUGGCUGUAUGUUUCAACCAGGAGAAAAUAAUGUUUUAAACCUUGUAGCAUGUGUUUCAAGAACUAUGAAUGACUGUGAGUUGAAUUACAGCCAGACUGAAAAAGAAUUAUUGUCAAUAUAUUUCACAACUCAAAAGUUCCAUAAAUAUAUUUAUGGAUCACAUGUUGUAGUUCAAACUGACCAUAAGCCUCUACUUGCAAUAAUGUCUAAACCAAUUAGUAAGGUAGGAUCACCACGUUUAAGAAGACUUUGUCUGAAGCUCUUAAACUACAGUCUAGAACUAAAAUAUGUGCCAGGUAAAGAAAUACAUUUUGCUGAUAUGUUGUCAAGAAACAGUUUAAAAAUAACAGAUAAUGAUCCUCAGAUGUUAGAAAUGGUACAUUCAGUAUCUGUUCACUUACCUAUGAGUGAGGAAAGAAAGGCUCAAUUUAAACUUGAAACAAGUCGCGAUUUGACACUUAAAGAAAUAUAUAAGUACUACUAUGAUGGAUGGCCAGAUGAGAAAAAACUAAAAAAAAAAUGCCUUCCAUAUUUUAAACUCAGAGAUAAAAUUUAUGUUGAAUCGGGCCUCAUCUUUCUUGAUAAUAAAAUUAUUGUACCGGAGAGUUUAAUACAGUAUGUACUUAAAUGUGUACAUGAAGGUCACAGUGGUAUUAGCAAGUCUAUUCAGAAAACCAGGCAACUUUUCUAUUGGCCAAAUCUAGCAUUGGAUAUCAAAGAGUUUAUUGAGAAGUGCCGAACUUGUGAAAAGUUCAGUUCAUCUAAUUCACAUGAGCCAUUAUUACCGCAUAAAAUUCCAAAAUAUAGAUAUUACAAAGUAGGCACAGAUAUUUUAGAGUUUGCAGGUAAAUCAUACUUGGUCAUUGUUGAUUAUUUUUCUCAUUGGCUAGAAGUUAGGCCUCUUACUAAUAAAACCUCGAAAUCUGUAAUUGAUGCCAUGCAAGAAGUGUUCACAAGAUUUGGAUAUCCAGUAGAAAUAAUUGCGGAUAACAAUCCAUUUAAAUCUCAGGAAUGUAUUAACUAUUAUAAGUCUAAAGAUAUUACAAUAAUAACCAGUAGUCCGCAUUAUCCUAGAAGCAAUGGAAUGGCAGAAAAAGCUGUUAAUAUUGCAAAGAACUUACUAAAAAAAGCUUCAGAGGAUAGAGCGGACUACCGAGACUUUAUUAUGAGUUAUAAUAACACUCCUUUGUCUGGACUUAAAUACUCUCCGUCACAAAUAUUAAACAGUAGAUGUAUCAGAACCAAUGUUCCUACUAAUGGACAAGCCUUGGAACCAAAAGUAGUUAAAGAAAUUUAUAAGUUGUUAAAGUUAAGGCAAUCAAUUACUAAAAGUAUUCAUGACAGACAUGUUAAGAAAAAAGAAACUGUAUUUAAAAAGGGAGAUCAUAUUGUGUACAAAACAAAAAAUGAUGAAUACUGGAAAAAAGGAAUUAUACUGGGUAAGUGUAAAGAACCAAGAUCAUAUUGGAUCACUAAAGACAGUUCGUCCAGACCUUUUAGACGAAGUACUCAUCAUCUUAAAAAGUCUUUCACCAAUCUUACAUCUCUAAGCAGAAACUCCAGCGAUGGGUCACCUUUUAU